AUGGGAGACAAGAAUGACACCGCAGAGCCACUCACAACUGAAAAUCAUGAAGUCAUCAACAAAUACACCACAGCAGCCGAUAUUUCAAAUCGAGUUCUUAAGAAAGUGGUUAGCGCUGCUGUAGACGGCGCAAAAAUAAUUGAACUUUGUAAAUUGGGUGAUAAAGAAAUUGAAGAUAGCGUCAAAGUGCUCUACGUGAAACAAAAAAUUCCCAAAGGCAUUGGUUUUCCCACAUGUGUAUCAGUAAACAACAUUAUAUGCCACUUUUCACCACUACCGUCUGAUCCCGAGGCCGUCGAAACACUAAAGAAUGGCGAUCUGGUAAAAAUUCAGCUAGGGGCCCAGAUCGAUGGGUACGCAGCAAUCACGGCUACAACUGUUGUUGUCGGGGCGACAAAAGAAAAUCCAGUUACCGGGCGCAAGGCAGAUGUGAUAACUGCGGCACAUUUAGCUGCCGAGGCGGCGAUCAGAUUGAUUAGACCUGGUCUUGUAAAUAUGGCUGUCACCGAAACGAUACAAAAGAUUGCAAGAGCGUUUGAUACUAAUUCCGUUGAAGGUAUGCUAUCACACCAACUGGAAAAAAAUGAAAUUGAAGGAAAGAAACAAAUAAUCCUUAAUCCUAAUGAGGGUCAAAGACGCGAAUUCGAGCGUAUAGAAUUCGCUGAACAUGAGGUGUACGGCGUAGAUAUAUUAAUUUCUACGGGCGAAGGCAAGCCAAAGAACUCUCGUGCACGCACGACAGUCUAUAAAAAGACCGACACCACAUAUUCGCUAAAGAUGAAAACCUCACGUGAAGUGUUAAAUGAAAUUCGCGUGAAAUUUGGGUCGUUUCCAUUCCCGCUAAGUUUAUUGACAGAUGAGAAAAAAGCGCGACUGGGCAUACAGGAAUGUGCUACGCAUGAACUGGUAUCGUCGUAUCAUGUAUAUCAGGAGAAAGAAGACGAAUAUGUAGCGCAAUUCUUUUUCACAGUUAUCUUGACAAAGAACGGACCUCUCCGAAUCACCAACACACUAUACGAUCCAGACGUGAUCAAAAGCGACAAAAAACUGGAAGACGAAGAGAUCAAAAAAUUGCUGGCGACGAAUUUGAGGCCUAGUAAAAAGAAAAAUAAGAAGAAAAAGGCUGCUGAGGAGAAGAAUGCGGAAAAAGAUGAAAAUGCCGUCGGUGACAGUUCGGUGGUUGAUUGA